AGAGGAGAAAUGGAAAAAAUAAAAAGAAAAGCGAGAGAUUCACAAAGCCUCUUUUCGUAAGUAUCCCUGCCCGUCUUUCCUCUUUCCGUCGAUCUUCUCCGGGGAUCCGAUUGCUUUCUCGGCAAGAUUCAUCUUUAGACUUACAAAUACAGAUAGAAGCUCUGUUCAGAUGGCGCUUUACUUCGUUUGAAACUUGAUAAUCCUUAUCUUGUGAUCUGGAGUAGUUUUGGAUUUUGGAACUCGGAGUUAUCACCAUGUCGAUGAAUCAGCGUGCCACAAUCGACUUAGAACAGGGAUGGGAAUUCAUGCAGCAUGGCAUAACAAAGCUGAAGAACAUUCUCGAAGGGCUGCCGGAACCACAAUUCAGCUCUGAGGAAUAUAUGAUGCUAUACACAACAAUUUACAAUAUGUGCACACAAAAACCACCCCAUGACUAUUCACAGCAGUUGUAUAACAAAUACAAAGAGGCAUUUGAGGAAUACAUCACAUCAACGGUGCUGCCUUCUUUGAGAGAGAAACAUGAUGAGUUUAUGUUAAGAGAGUUGGUGAAAAGGUGGUUAAACCAUAAAAUCAUGGUGAGAUGGUUGUCGAGGUUCUUCUUUUACCUGGAUCGUUAUUUCAUUACUCGGAGAUCCCUACUAGGUCUCAAUGAAGUUGGAUUAGCAUGCUUCCGUGAUCUGGUUUACGUAGAGUUGAAUGGCAAAGUAAGAGAUGCUGUUAUAUCUCUGAUUGAUCAAGAGCGUGAGGGUGAGCAGAUCGAUAGAGCAUUAUUGAAGAAUGUGCUAGACAUAUUUGUUGAAAUUGGAAUGGGACAAAUGGAUUAUUAUGAGAAUGACUUUGAAGCAACUAUGCUCAAGGAUUCUGCAGCCUAUUAUUCUCGAAAGGCCUCUAGCUGGAUCUUAGAUGAUUCAUGUCCGGAUUAUAUGUUGAAAGCCGAAGAAUGCUUGAAACGCGAGAAGGAUAGGGUCUCUCAUUAUCUACACUCAAGUAGCGAGACAAAGUUGCUUGAGCAAGUCCAACAUGAGUUGUUGGCUGUGUAUGCCACCCAAUUGCUUGAGAAGGAGCACUCUGGAUGUCAUGCAUUACUCAGAGAUGACAAGGUGGAGGAUUUGUCAAGGAUGUAUAGGCUUUUCUCGAAAAUACCUCGAGGGUUAGAACCUGUUGCUCAUACUUUUAAGCAGCAUAUAACUGCUGAAGGCAUGACUCUGGUUAAACAAGCUGAAGAUGCUGCAAGCCAUAGAAAGGCAGACAAGAAAGAUGUCGUUGGUAUGCAGGAACAGGUUUUUGUUCGGAAAGUAAUUGAACUUCAUGAUAAAUACUUGGCAUAUGUAAAUGAUUGUUUUCAAAACCAUACACUGUUCCACAAGGCACUUAAGGAAGCGUUUGAAGUUUUUUGCAACAAGGGUGUUGCGGGAAGCUCAAAUGCUGAACUUCUUGCAACAUUUUGCGACAACAUUCUUAAAAAGGGUGGAUGUGAAAAAUUGAGUGAUGAAGCCAUCGAGGAGACAUUGGAGAAGGUUGUAAAGCUGCUUGCUUACAUAAGUGAUAAGGACUUAUUUGCAGAAUUCUACAGGAAGAAGUUAGCUAGGAGGUUGUUAUUUGAUAAGAGCGCCAAUGACGAGCAUGAGAGAAGUAUCCUAACAAAGUUGAAGCAGCAAUGUGGCGGUCAAUUCACAUCAAAGAUGGAGGGGAUGGUCACUGAUUUGACUUUGGCAAGGGAAAAUCAAACUAAUUUUGAGGAGUAUCUCAACAACAAUCCUGUUGCAAGCCCUGGCAUUGACCUGACUGUUACUGUUCUGACUACUGGCUUCUGGCCAAGCUACAAGUCUUUCGAUCUUAACCUCCCAGCUGAGAUGGUAAAAUGUGUGGAAGUGUUUAGAGAGUUCUACCAAACAAAAACAAAGCACAGGAAGCUUACAUGGAUAUACUCACUGGGUACUUGUAAUAUCAGCGGACACUUCGAGCAGAAAACGAUAGAGCUGAUUGUGACUACUUACCAGGCUUCUCUACUGUUGCUAUUCAAUACAUCAAAUCGUCUGAGUUAUCAGGAAAUUGUGGGACAGUUGAACCUUUCAGACGAUGAUGUUAUUAGACUUCUCCAUUCAUUGUCCUGUGCAAAGUAUAAGAUCCUCAAAAAGGAGCCAAGCACCAAGACUAUAUCGCCUUCGGAUGUCUUUGAGUUCAACUCAGAAUUUACAGACAAAAUGAGGAGGAUAAAAAUUCCUCUCCCACCCGUGGACGAGAAGAAAAAGGUGAUUGAAGAUGUAGACAAAGACAGAAGAUAUGCUAUUGAUGCUUCAAUUGUGCGCAUUAUGAAGAGUAGGAAAGUUUUGGGGUAUCAACAGUUAGUCAUGGAAUGUGUUGAGCAGUUAGGGCGCAUGUUUAAGCCUGACGUCAAAGCGAUCAAGAAAAGGAUUGAAGAUUUAAUCACUAGGGACUACCUUGAGAGGGAUAAGGAGAAUCCCAACAUGUUCAAAUACUUGGCAUAAUGAUGAUGAUUGCUAUUAUAGUAAUAGUCGUCGAGAAUCAAUAUAUAUGUCCUUGUUGCUGAUUUUUGAGUCUACAGCGGGAGAAGUGAUGCCAACAAAGUCAUGCUAAAGUUGUAUUGAUUUGUAAAAUGCUUGUUGAAAGGGAACGCUAUGUGCUUUUACUAACCCUGUCAUGAUUUUCAAAACAUCAAUUUGUAUAUUUCAAGCACCCUAAUUACAUUGGGUACUCCAUGUUUUUCUAUUUUUACUUUCUUGACCUUGUUGCUAUUCUCAUGAUAGAUUU